AUGGACAACCAAAACAUCAGUCAGAGCGACAGCGGACGUGUCGCAGAGCCUCAGCGCGUCGAGCCUCGGGCAAUGGCGUUGACAAACAGCGAUCCCGGCGCGGACAUGGAGUUGGUGGCUAUCCAUUUUGGACAUCUGCCGGCGUCGAAGGUCUCCCCGAUGGCCCAUGAGUGUCGCGAUAUGUGGCGCCGCGAGUUUGUGACGAGCCCGCUUAGUACCGUAACACUUGUUGCCAAGCUGGGGAGUGAGACCGCUACUUGUACUCUACCUACGGAAUCGGCCGGAGUCCUUUCGAAGAAGUUCAGGAUGCAGAUCCAAGAUCCACAAAAAACCGACUCCGUUGUCACUAUGCAUGACCACAAGUUCAUCGUCGUUGAUCUGAUGGUUCAACACAUUCUCUACGGCGAAUACUAUCUCAACAAAGCCCAGCAGCUAGGCGAGUAUAGGUUGACAUACAUGAAGAAAGCUGGGCCUAGUAUCGAAGACGAUAACCUCACGGUGCGGAUAGACGAGACGCCAACAGAACUUCACCUCCAGUUGUAUCAUUGCGCGAAGAAGAUGGAGAUCCCGGGACUCCUACUUGAGGCUGCUAGAAACUUCAAGACCUCUCUCCUCAAGGAUCUACCGACGGCCGACCAGUUCGUCAACAUGAUGGAGAAGUACAAGCUGUUCGACCCGUCAGAGAACACCAGCAAAGAGCUCCUUUACGCGGUCGCGACUUGUGGAGCGAUGCAGCGUUCUGUGUGGCUCCAAGAAGAAGGUGGCACCAAGUACCUUGAGUUCCUCGGAACAUCUGGCUAUGCGAAAUACGAGGGGGCGGCCGAGCGAGACCUGGACAAGUACAAGCUCGAACAUAACAUCCCAGAGCGCAUGGUCAACAUCGGCGCCACCGACCAACAGUUAUCGAGCAAGAGGCGACUGUCGACUGAUCCUUCGCUUGAUGCGAGAACCCCCAAAAUGCGUAGUGUCGGUACAGGACAAGGACAGCGUGGAAACAUCGGCGGUCGCCUUCUCCAGCGCCCUGGCUCGAGCAAUAUCUACCAACCUACUGUCGAGGACCACAGCGAUUCGCCUACCCCCCGUCGUCCUGACCAUGGAAGCUCGGCCACUCAUACCAACAAAGCACUGCCGCCUACACCCACACCAUCCGAGCUGGACAGGUCUUGGCAGUCUAUGGGCGGAUCCAAGGCGUCUCAAGGUGAGAAGGCAGCCUCGGUUCCCAUGAAGCCGGCAUCAGGUCUCCUGCGUACCCCUCGUCCAGGUUCAAGCCUUCGACAGAGCCAGACGUUCCGCGGUGAGUCGGGUGGCUCUGAAGAUGUCGAUGGACCGAGUCUCUACGAUGACUUCAAUCCUCCGUACGCCUCUCAUAGUCCACAAGGUCCUAGUCCCGUUGCUCCGCGUACUGCGCGCAACCAAGGAAGUGAUCAGCCGACUACGGACCAGACCAAAGCCGACCGUCAGGAUGCUAGUGAGCACGCUGUUCCCGAGAACGUCGAUGACUCUAGCUUCAUCCCCCUGAUCAGUUCAUCCGACCACGGCAUGGACGACAACACCGAGGUCCCACGUAUCGAAUACAGCUUCGAAGAGGGCAACACCACCAUCCAGGUUCCCCAAGUUCCCGCCCUCGUACCCACUGUCGCUGCUCGUAGCACAUCAGAUGAGACUGGUGGUCGUGAGAACAAGCAAGACACCAGCAUGACUGAUGCGCCUGCUGACGGAGACGUUAAAGUCAAGGAUGAGGAUCGCAUGGAGGAAUAG